AUGGCAUACAACAACAAAAACAUGCAAUCCAGCGACGUUUUAAAUUAUUAUUUAACAAUGAACAUUAAUAAUAUUUGUAGAAUUUGCCUUGAACGCAACCCGAAAUUGAUGCCGAUAUUCGAUCCGAUCAAGCCCCCACAUUUUUCGAUUUUGAUCAUGGCGUGUGCUUCCGUACAGGUGCUCGAAGAUGACGGUCUUCCCCCUUACAUUUGCCAGAAAUGUAUUUCCAAACUAAACAUAGCAUUCCAGUUCAAGACUCAGUGCGAAUCAUCAGACGCCAAACUCCGGCAAUGUUUCCAGAAUUUUCACAACUUGCCCUCGGCCCCCGACCUGACCGGCUUCAUCGACGUGAAAAAAGACGGCGAACAUUUAGUCACAUUCCCCGAGAACACGAAUAACAACACAAACCAGCUGGAACAAGUCCAAGUCAAUGAACACAUCCAAGAAACAAACGAUUCACUUGAACAACCCCAAUUGCAACCCUUGCAAAACGUGAACAUCGAGCCCACGACUUCAUUGCAUGACCUCGACAAAAACACCCUAACUGAGCUAAAAAUCGAGUUCACCGACUUGAAACACCCAGAUAUUGACCUAAAAGUGGAGGAUUUGGCGUUGAUUGGCCUCAACCAGCCAAAAUCGGCGAAAAAGCCCACCAAACAGCACCAGUGCGACACCUGUGGCAAAGUUUUUCGGACUAAACCCGGCCUGAUCCACCACAUUCGGAUCCACACCGGGGAGCGGCCCUACGUGUGCCACUUGUGCGAUAAGCGGUUCAUCAACGGGGGGCACCUCCACACGCACAUGCGGACCCACACGGGGGAGAAGAACCACAUCUGUGCGGCGUGCACCAAAGCCUUCGCCACUGCCCAACAACUGACAAAGCAUACGAUCGCGAUUCACACUUCGGAGAGGCCCUACGGGUGCACCUACUGUCCCAAGAGGUUCGCCAGUUCGAGUAAUUUGAACACACAUACGAAAAUCCACACCGGCGAGAAAAACUACAGGUGUGACCAGUGCGGAAAGGCGUUUUCGACCAAAGGACAGUUGUACCAACACAUGUUGGUGCACACGGGGGAGAAGGCGUUCCUGUGUGAGUAUUGCAACAAGAGGUUCUCGCAGAAGGCGCAUCUGAUCAGGCAUCUGAAGACGCAUAAGAACCAAUUUAUGAUCUGGCUAAAACUGCAACAAAGGGGUGGCUCAAGAAAAAGUUUCGCUUUGACAGCUAACAUAACCUCAAAAAUGGCUUCCCUCGAAGACUUAAAAUUCUACCCGCAGAACCAACUAAACUACUACUACGACACAAAUUCGAGCACGAUUUGUCGCAUUUGUCUCGAAAGAUUCCAAAACAAUAAAAAAAUGUGCAAUAUUUUCGAAGGAAACGAACCUAUUUUCAACAUGAUUAUGUCGUGUGCUUCAGUUCAGAUCCUCCAAGGCGACGGUUUACCCAACACAAUUUGCCAGAAAUGUCUCUCAAAAUUAAACGUCGCUUGGCAGUUUAAAUUACAGUGCGAAAGCUCCGAUUUGCGCCUCCGCCAAUUCUACACCGACUCCACCAUCCUGCCCUUGGGUUUCCCCGAAACGGAGAAAAAUAACGUCGGGUUUGAACCCCCGGAACCAAGCCCGGACAAAACACCCGAAAUAAAGAAACAACCACCAAGUGGGAAAAAACGGCCCAAAGAGAGCAAAAUCCACCAGUGCGAGACGUGCGGCAAGAUCUUCAACAGACGGGAGUAUCUCACCCAGCACAUAAGAAUCCACACGGGGGAGAAGCCCUACUGCUGCCACAUCUGCGAGAAGCGGUUCAUCAAUUCGGGGCAUUUGACCACGCACAUGCGGACGCACACUGGCGAGCGCCCCCACGCCUGCUCGCUGUGCCCCAAAGCCUUCUCCACGCGACAGGAGUUGCACAAGCACACGAUGGUGCACAACGGGGAGCGGCCGUUCGUGUGCACCACCUGCGGCAAGUGCUUCGGGAGCAGCAGCAAUCUGUAUUCGCAUUUGAGACACCACACGGGGGAGAAAAACUUCACCUGCGAGCAUUGCGGGAAGGCGUUUUACACCAAACAGGAGCUGAAGCAGCAUCUGGUGAUUCACACGGGGGAGAAGGCCUUCGCGUGCAAAUUCUGCAACAAGAGGUUUUCGCAGAGUGCGCAUUUGCGUCGCCAUUUGAAACUCCACGCGUGAUUUUGUGAUAUUUUUUCUGGUCUUUCGUUUAAUAAAUUAAUUCGACGGUUUUUUUAAA